GCAACCUCAAACUUCAAAAGUGAGUGCUAGUUACACGAAGUAAAGCAAUUUAAAAGCUAAAUUACGAAAAUACAACAAAAAAGUCUCAAAAAAACCCGCGAAACGUGCCACGGGUGACGAUGAUGGAGUUGUGAUGAAGUGAUGAAAUCCUCCAGCUUUUUUUCAUCCUCCCCCUCUCAUGAUGUCCUUUUGAGUCGUUGUCGGUUUCGCCGUAAGUUGUUUACCACAUGUGGGAAGCACUCGCGGGGGAUGACCGGAAGAUGAUGGUGAUGACGAUAUAGUGCGGAGAUGAUGAAAAGUUGGCAGACGUGAGCCAAAAAAGUGUGUGUGUGUGGGUGUGUUGAAAAAAUAAAAAUAUGCUGAAAAUUUAUACUGUUAACGGUGGUGACGAGCUUUAGUUGGUUAGUUUUGGUGAAAGUGUUUCCAGUUGGCGACGAAAAGGGACGACACGAGUGAAGAGAUUUUUGAGUGGAUAUUCUCAACGAGGACGGGACAGCAGUUCUACAGGAUGAUGUAAUUAUGUGACGAGUUAAAGACACAACACAAACAACAACAACUUCCGCCAGAUCAACGCCAGUGUUAGUCCACUAUACUAGCGGUAGUAACAAUGUGUGUAGCACCCCGCCGCUCAUGAAUGGCUUCCCCACGUUGGUAGGUUAGUGCCUGACGGCCGUGCCUAACCGCCGAAACCACCGACCGACGACGUGCUUCUGCGGGCAUGUUUUGGCGUCCAUAAUGCCACCGUUCAACCGAGGCGCAUCCUGCUCCGUCUAUGGCACCGGAACGACAACGACGACGGCGACGAUAGUCAAUUUAAUCAAAUUAACUCGGCUGACCACGGUGGUGGCGGCGACGAUGGGACGUGGUUUAUGAAGGUUUGAUUGGCGGAAAAAGUGAGGGUGAUAUUUUUUUUUGGAAGUGACAAAAACAAGAAUAAACUGGUGGAAAUCGAUACUCUGCGAAGUGGAAGGAAAAAUAUCAACAACAACAACAAAACAAAACAAAGAGUGCAUUACACAGUAGAUAAAAGUUAUUAAAAGUAGUAAAAUAAGAAAUUGAGGCAACGUCAUGGGACUGAUAAGCUAUUUGGUGGCGGUUGCGCUGCUUAGUCUUCUACAAAUACCAGUAAUCUCCGGCGUGAGUUGGGAGGAAUGGUGGACCUACGAUGGCAUCUCCGGUCCCGCCUUCUGGGGUCUCAUCAACCCGGAGUGGUCCCUGUGCAACAAGGGCCGCCGGCAGUCGCCGGUCAAUCUGGAGCCCCAGCGGCUGCUGUUCGAUCCCAACCUGCGGUCCGUGCACAUCGACAAGCACAGAAUCAGUGGCACGAUAUCGAACACGGGUCACAGUGUGGUCUUUACGAUCAACAACGAGACGGCACCGUCCUCGGGGACGGUACAGGUGCCGGUGAAUCUGACCGGGGGACCGCUGUCCUACCGGUACCGGUUCCACGAGAUCCACAUCCACUACGGGCUGCACGACCAGUUCGGGUCGGAGCACAGCGUCGAGGGGUACACCUUUCCGGCGGAGAUCCAAAUCUUCGGCUACAACUCGCAGCUGUACUCCAACUUCAGUGAAGCCCUGUACCGGGCGCAGGGCAUCGUCGGCCUCGCCGUUCUCCUCCAGCUGGGCGACCUGUCCAACCCGGAGCUGCGCAUGCUGACGGACCAGCUGGACAAGAUCCGGUUCGGCGGUGACGAAGCGCUCGUGCGGAGGCUGUCCGUGCGGGAUCUGCUGCCGGACACGGAGCACUACAUGACGUACGAGGGCUCGACGACGGCCCCGGCCUGCCAUGAAACGGUCACGUGGAUCGUGAUGAACAAGCCGAUCUACAUCACCAAGCAGCAGCUCCACGGUCUGCGGCGGCUCAUGCAGGGCGGACCGGACCAUCCGAAGGCGCCCCUCGGAAACAACUUCCGGCCCCCGCAGCCGCUCCUGCAUCGUCCCGUGCGGACGAACAUUGACUUUCGAAACAAACAGGAAAAGGGGGGUAAAAUUUGUCCAACUAUGUACAAGGACGUUCACUAUAAAGCUAACAGUUGGAAACACAACUGAACGGCGACAAUCUAGGAAGAGACGAAGCGAGGAGGACCCGUUCCGGAUUGGCCGGGACGACGACGAUGACGGUGACGAGGAACCGGACGACAGUCUGGUCCUGUUCACGUAAGCGGUCGCCAUCGUCAGCUACUAAAAAGUAUCCAGCAUGCUUCCAAAUGAAAAUAAAAAGAAAACUAGCAAGAAAAACACACAAAUACACACGUGUACAGUGAAAAUAGCACACACAUACACAUUACACAUACAAGGCAACAAAAAAACUAAAACAAACUAAAUCGAAACUAAAUUAAAUAGCUAAUUCAAGAUGGAAAAGAAAACUAAUCGAGAAAAGAGCAAAGAAGAGUGUGUUUGUACGUCACUCACGUUAAGUAAGACGUUGCUUUUCGCCAAUUGGUUUGUCUUUUAAGUUUAACCAGUCUUAAUUUUGUGAAACGAAUUGAUCCCGUUUGCCAGCAUAGCUGUUGGAUCCUUUGGCAGGGAAGCAAGCAACGGCAAGGACAGCAAGGCAGCGUGCAAAAGUUGCGAAUUAAAAUGCAACCCUCGCGCGCGCUCCACAGUUUUUCACACUUUUCCUCCCACGGGCAAAAAUGAAAGGUAGAUUGGAGAAAAGGGCGGAAAAAGAAGCAAUGUGCUAGCACUAACAGGACUGGAGGAGAAACUCUAUUAAAAGUUUGAAAUAAUUUGUAAAUAAUAUUAAUGUAAAAAAAAUACAAACAACCGAGACACUGCAGAGAGGAAGCGAAAGCAGCAACAGAUGGUGAAAGAGAGGUGUUCGACGGAUGGUUGUUGCUUGGGAGUGACACUGGAAGUAUUGUGUUUAUGAUUUUUUCAAAUUUUACAUGUAUUUUCAAGUUUCCACA